AUGCGGUUCUCAGCUGCGUUCCUCGCAACCGUCCUCGGUGCCGUUAAUAUCAAUGCGCAAUGCAUCGACGGCCAUCGAGAGGUUAUCAGCCCCGGCUACACCGUUGAGUACAAGUGCAACUUCGUCCGACUGGGCGAGACUCACAAUGGCGUUCUCUCUGAAAAGGCCUGCGCUGAGAUGUGUCGCGAUGCUGGUAGCUCUGUCUGUACUUAUCAUCCGCCCACCAAACGCUGUGUCGUCGGCAAGGAUGGUGGCAAGGAAAUGGCCAGUAACGGCGCUAUAUACAUGAUGAAAGUCGACGAGCCUGAGAUUGAGGACCCUUUUGCUGAAGAUGAAGACCCUUUUUCUGUUGAUUGCGAAGCUGAGAAGCAGGCUUGUGAGAGUGGUCAAAAGGCUUGUCUGGAGCGGGAGAAGAAGCUCAAGGCCUCUCAUGCUGGUUUAGAGGCCAAGAACAAUAGUCUUGAAGCACGCAUCAAGAAUAUCAUGCAAUCAAAUUGCCCUAGUCAGCAUGGUAAGUUUGGGGUUGUUAACAACCGAGAGUACCGCUUCUGGUGCGGCCGACACCACAGCCCCGAAGGAUUCAAAGAAGAGCUUCCCGAGAUUUACACCAUGGCAGACUGCGUCGAUCAGUGUAGUCGCAAGGCCUGGUGCAAUCAUGUCUUACACGGCAUUCACAAAAACAAGUGCCGUUUGUUCGAGAGUCCCAAGGUUUCCGCAGCCACAAUGCCAGGUCUUGCCACUGGUGACUGGAACUGUGGUGUCAAGAAGUAG